GAAGAUCGACCAUGACCAGAGGCAGUUCUUAGGCACAUGCGCAACAAAAACACCUUCAUGGCUGCUCAUGGCUGUUCAGCACGUGUCCAUCACGGUGGUGCGGGUCAUUCAGCAAGUCUUUGAAAUCGCCCCUUGCUGCGAUGCCCCCUGUGCUGCCGACCUAUUCCUCCCUAUACUCAGGGAUCGCCAGGGCCUUGGACGCGUGGCCCGAGACGAAGCAGGAUGAAAAGACCAUCCACAAGGUGCGUGUGGCCUUAGCACAACGACGCCUUGGUAAAGACACGCAGGUGCCACGCCCCCGCGCCACCGCGCCACACCGGGCGCCCUCCCCCACUGCGGGAAGCGCCAAAGUCACGCCGACCACGACGAGGGCGACCGACGCUUCGAAGCCCAAGCGGAAGAGGAUUAUCGUCGUGGCGCCGGGCGCCGGGACGCGCGCCAACGGCCAGGUCUAUGCUGAGCUUUGUCAAGGUGCCAGUUAUAAGAUCGAAGUCUUAGGGCAUUCGAUGGCUCGGUACGACCGUUACCCUGAGUCGUGGCACCAUGGCGCGCCGGCACCCAACUUGUCCAGCUUUGCAUUGGAGGUAGUGGGAGACGCAAUGCUUGCGGAUUGUUUAGUGCUGGGAUCUCGAGGUGGGCAAGUGGUUCUCCCGAAGCUUUGGGAGGCAGUUGGAAACGCUUUACCACCAGCUGUGGUCAUCAACGGAGGAUGUGCUAUGAACCUGCCCGAAGUUGUGGCAUGGCCAACGGAGGCUGUGACUUUCUUGCUGAUCGGAGGAUGUGAUCACUUUAGGUCGAAUAUGACUCCUGAGGAGUACUUGGUGAGUACCCAGCAAUGCGUCCCUGCGACGAAUCAGUCAACGGCGCUUCUCUACAUCAAUGAGAUGGAACAUAUGCCACAAAGUCAUUUGUUCGCGCUGAUUUUGCCUCACCUGCUCCGCGUGUGCCUGGCUUGGAAGCGCAAGGUCGAAGUGGCACCUUUGCGAGAACUACAAUGUUUGCUAACGGAGCUCAAUAGCUGUAAAGGAGAGUGGACCGGAUGUUUGUCCUUCACCAGCGGAGCUGGUUGGACGGAUGUGCCCUUCGGUGCUCAACGGACCCUUCUCAGCUCAGGGACCUGCAAGGUUGAAUAUGGUAGAAGCCUUCGCUCAACGUAUGGUUCACCUGUCCAUGCACACUGUAAAGCUGUGGGGACAUUUAGUAAUUAAGCGGCCAGCAGUGGUUAAAAUGGUCACGUGGCCGAAAAUCCAAUCGAUGCGCUCUUUGAUUGCGGAAUUCACUGUCGCACGAGCCUACUGAAUGCUUGAUGCAGCUCGUGCCGGGGACAACACACAUGUGGCCUUGUUUUGGGCCACAUGAUGUUCUAAAGGCUUCUUCCGGAUGGGCUGCUGAUGAAGAUCAACUGCACGACAAAUAGAUACAAAUCGAAUCAAAUCGAAGCAUUGAAAAGAGCAAAGAUCCCCGCUCUCUUGGGGCUAAGCACCCGAGGAAGGGGAGAGCUAUUCCUUUGGUGUGACGGUCGAGAAAACCCGGUUUGGCCCCCACAUUGGACGCGUGUGGCGGUGGCGAGUGGC